AUUGACAAGUGACCUACUUCACGGUUGACAACGAACUAAAUUGACUUCGGUAAAUUGUUAAAUGUUGAUUGUUUACCAAAAAUAUUUACAACCUAUUCUAAGUUACAUGGAUCCUUAAAAUUAAACAAUAUUCAAAAUGAGUUUUUCCAGUGAUGAAGUGAACUUUUUAGUUUAUAGAUACUUACAAGAGUCUGGAUUUCAGCAUUCUGCAUAUACUUUUGGCAUAGAGUCUCAUAUAUCACAAUCAAAUAUUAAUGGUGCCCUUGUACCACCUGCUGCUUUACUUAGUAUUCUUCAAAAGGGACUGCAAUACACAGAAGCUGAAAUAAGCAUAGGGGAAGAUGGGACUGAACAAAGAUUGGUGGAAAGUCUUAGUUUAAUAGAUGCUGUUAUGCCAGAUGUGGUAGCAAGUAGACAAAAUCAACAGAACCAACAAAAACAAGCCAUAAAAGCGGAGCAAUCUGAGACAAAUGGGGAAGAAGCAGUUGAAUCAACUCAAAAUGAAACAAUGGAAGUAGAUACUUCUAUAGAAAUACCUUCAUCAAAAGCUACUGUACUACGUGGUCACGAGUCUGAAGUAUUUAUUUGCGCCUGGAAUCCUACAACCGAUUUAUUGGCUAGUGGAUCAGGAGAUAGUACAGCGAGAAUUUGGGAUAUGUCUGAUAACACAGCAAGUCCUAACCAACUUGUUUUAAGACAUUGCAUUCAAAAAGGAGGUACAGAAGUACCAAGUAAUAAAGAUGUUACAUCAUUAGAUUGGAAUUGCGACGGAAGUUUACUGGCUACUGGAAGUUAUGAUGGUUACGCAAGAAUAUGGACUAAUGAUGGGCGAUUGGCAAGAACAUUGGGUCAACACAAAGGUCCUAUUUUUGCACUUAAAUGGAAUAAACGAGGAAACUACAUUUUAUCAGCAGGGGUGGAUAAAACAACAAUUAUUUGGGAUGCUGCUAGCGGACAGUGUACACAACAAUUCAGUUUUCACUCAGCCCCAGCAUUGGAUGUAGAUUGGCAAACUAAUACAUCUUUUGCUAGCUGUUCAACGGAUCAAUGUAUUCAUGUUUGUAAAUUGACUGUUGAUAAACCAAUUAAAUCUUUCCAAGGCCACACAAAUGAAGUGAAUGCUAUAAAAUGGGAUCCGCAAGGACAAUUAUUAGCUUCCUGUUCUGAUGAUAUGACAUUAAAGAUUUGGUCUAUGAAACAAGAUACUUGUGUACAUGAUCUUCAAGCACAUUCUAAGGAAAUAUAUACCAUUAAAUGGUCACCGACUGGACCUGGUACACAAAAUCCCAACAUGAACCUCAUUUUAGCAUCUGCAAGUUUCGAUUCAACAGUAAGACUUUGGGACGUAGAUAGAGGAGCUUGUAUCCACAGGUUAACAAAACACACGGAACCCGUUUAUUCUGUUGCAUUCAGUCCGGACGGGAAAUUUUUGGCUAGUGGAAGUUUUGACAAAUGUGUCCAUAUUUGGUCAACUCAAUCAGGUCAGCUUGUUCAUAGUUACAAAGGCACUGGAGGAAUAUUUGAGGUUUGUUGGAAUUCGAGAGGAGACAAAGUUGGAGCAAGUGCUUCUGAUGGUAGUGUGUUUGUUUUGGAUUUGCGUAAACUUUAGCACUGCGAAGCAAGAAAAUAAAAUAUUUUUUUAGUUCAAUUCAAUCAGAAUUUACUGGUUGCAAAAUAUAUGUAUGUAUUAUAUUCACUCUAUAUAUUAUUAUUUUGAAAAUAAGGAUGCGAUGGUGUAAUAUUAAAUUGAAAAUUAUUCAUACACUUUUUACCAGAACAAUCUUUGAAACAAGUUUAAAAAUUUUAUAAUUAAAAAAUUGUUUUAGUAAUAUAUUUUAAUUAUUACUAC